AUGUCUGAUAACUCCACUUCAGAGAUACUUACCCAGACUAGAGAGGUUUUGUCUGCAGGCGAGAAUAGUCAACUCAACCAUAUUAUAUCGUUGAUACAAAAACUUGAUGUGAGACUUCAACAUUUAGAGCCAAUUGAUAACAAAUUAGACCUCGUACAGAAAUCACUCGACUCGCUCUCAUUAAAAGUGAAUUCACUGGAAUCUGAAAUAACUGUGUUAAAGGCCAAACAUGUCGAACUGGAGACAAGCUGUACUACUAUUAGUGCCAUGUAUGAUCAAGUUAAAACUGUGUCGGAAAAAAAUAAACAGGAACUCCAAAAAGUGAAAAAAUCCGCAAAUAAACCUGCGAACAAUGAGAAAGUAACAUAUCUUGAAAAAUCCAUUCAUGAACUGAUGGUUGAUAAAGAUGAACUCACUAAGAGCGUAACCGAGCUCAAAUGGAGAUCAAUGAAGGACAAUCUCGUGUUUAGUGGACUUUACGAGGAACCUAACGAAAACACUGAAGCCAAACUUCGUAGUUUUUUACACGAGCAACUCGGAAUUGACAAAGUUGAGUUAGGCAACACUCAUCGAUUUGGUAAGCAUGUGCGAGGCAGGCCUCGCCCGAUUGUCGCGAGAUUCCUUUAUAACCAUGACAGAGCUAAUGUCCUGAAUAAUGCCCGUCAUCUUAAAGGUACACAGUACUAUAUUAAUGAACAAUUUCCCACUGAGAUUGAGGAAAAACGACGUAAACUUUAUCCCAAGAUGAAGGAACUUCGACAGCAAGGGAAAAGGGUAAAAUUAGUCCGUGACCGUCUCAUAGUCAAUGUGAUGCAUACGCCAUUAUCCGGUAAAGAGAGGUUUCUCAAAUGA